AUGAGAUUAAAAAGAAUAAGUAGAAAAUUAUGUAUAUUUUUAAUUGGUUUUAAUUUAUUAUUACCAAUACAUUAUUUAUAUUAUAUAUCUUAUAAUUUUUUUUAUAUAAAAUUAUCAACAAUUAUUACAAUAAUUUCAAUAAUUUUAGGUUCAAUGUAUUUACUUAUAAUUUCACCAAAAUAUUUAUUAACACAUUUUAAUAAACUUUUUGUUAUUAUUUUAAAUUUUAUUACAUUAUUUUAUUAUAUAUUAUUAAUUUUUUUUAAAAAUUUUAAAAUUAUUUUCAUUUUAUUAAUUUGUUAUUCUUUUAUUCUUGGAUUAAAUGAAUCUUUUUCUAUUAUUAUUGAUCCUAUUAAUAUACCAUUUUUUUUAUUAGGUUUUAAUUUUUCUAAUUUAUUUUCUUCUUUUUUAUAUUACGUUACGGUGACUGGUCCACAAAAUAGUAAUGGAGAUAAUAGUACAAAGGGACCUGGUAAUGGAAAUACUAGUCCAAAUGGACCUGGUAAUACACCUACAGGUCCUAGUACUGGUCCAAAUGGACCUUCUGGACCUAUAGAACCCGGUACUACACCUACUAGUCCAGGUACUCCACCUGUAGAACCACCUACUGGACCUCCUAAACCACCUACUAAAGCAGUACCUUUAGUAACUAAUGAACCUAUAAAAAAUGCUAGUAUAGUACCUAAUGUAGUUGGUACUGUAACUAAAAGUACUAAUAUAGCUACUAACAAAAUGAUAACCAAUAAAAUGGUAACUAAUGGACCUGGAGCAGGACCUCAGGGACCUACGGGACCUGCAGGUCCAACAGGUCCACCAGGACCACCUGAACCAGGAUCUAUGGGACCUGAACCCUCACUACCUCCAGUACCUGAGCCUACAGAACCUUCUGGACCUAUUGGUACUUUAAGACCUAAAAGAUUUGGCCCUAUGGGAUUUGGAUUUGGAGGAUCUGAUGGUCCAGGUGGACCAAUAGGAUUAGGUGGACCUAUGGGACCUGGAGGACCUAUGGGAUUAGGUGGUCCAAUGGGACCUGGUGCUGUUGGACCAAGCACCGUAACGGGAGACACCGUAACAAUAAUCUUAAUAAUUGGAUUAAUAAUAUCAAUAAUAAUAAUAAUAUUAUGUAUAUAUGUUUAUGGUGGGAAUGGAUUAUUUAAUAUAAUUGGUAUAAAAAUAAAAGAUUUUAUUUUGGAUAAUUCAGAGAAGAAAUUAAAUGAAGAAAAUGAAAAAUAUGAAAAAUAUUUAAAUGAUAAAAUCAAACAUAAAAUUAAAAAUUUAGAAUAUGAAAUUAUUUUAAAACCUAAUCUAAUACAAGAUUAUAAUAUUAAAAAUAUUAUUAAUCUUAAAAAAAUUAAAAAAUACAAAUGUAAGUUUUCCCCGUUACGGUGCUUGCAACAGCAGCUCCCAAUAACCCCUUAA